AUGGAGUUGCGGAGCGGGGCUGGUCUCAUGGCGCAGCAGUACAGGGCGCUGCUGAAGAAGAACGCGAUCCUUACGUGGAGGCACAAGCGAUCGACGUUCCUCCAGCUCUUCUCCUCGCUCUUCUUCAUCUUCCUUAUCUUCUGCAUCGAUCGCGCGGUCCGGUCCCGGUUCUCGUCCAGCACCGCCUACAAGAAUGUCUACGAUCCCGAGCCGAUCGUCUCCCCUCCCAUCCCGCCCUGCGAGGACAAGUUCUUCAUCAAGGAUCCCUGCUUUGACUUCGUCUGGAGCGGGAAUUCCAGCGCCCGAAUCGCCCGGAUCGUCUCCGCUAUCAUGAGGAACAACCCCCGGCGGCCGAUCCCUUCCGACAAGGUUAAAUCUUUCAGGACUCCUGAGGAAGUUGAUGCGUGGCUCUUCAGUGACCCUAUGCAUUGCCCUGGUGCUUUGCAUUUUGUGGAAAAAAAUUCAACUAUGAUAAGCUAUGGUAUUCAGACUAACUCGACUUCCGUAGCUAAGAGAGGAAACUAUGAGGACCCCACUUUCAAAUUCCAAAUUCCACUUCAAAUUGCUGCCGAGCGUGAAAUUGCAAGGUCUCUAAUUGGAGAUCCAAACUUUAGCUGGGACGUGGGAUUUAAAGAAUUUGCACACCCUGCUACAGAAACUUUCUCCGCAGUUGGGACGGCAGGACCAACCUUUUUCCUUGCCAUUGCAAUGUUUGGUUUCGUGUUUCAGAUUAGUUCCUUGGUUGCAGAAAAAGAACUUAAACUUUGUCAGGCGAUGUCUAUAAUGGGGCUUUAUGAAUCUGCUUAUUGGCUAUCUUGGCUUACAUGGGAGGCUUUUCUAACACUCCUUGCAGCACUUUUCACAGUACUUUUUGGGAUGAUGUUUCAGUUUAAUUUUUUCUUGAAUAACAGUUUUGCUGUUCUAUUCGUCAUGUUCUUCCUUUUCCAACUUAAUAUGGUCACUUUUGCUUUCAUGAUAUCGACCUUCAUCAGAAAGUCAUCAUCAGCCACUACUGUUGGAUUUUCGAUAUUCAUAGUUGGCUUCUUGACUCAGCUUGUUACAACAUUUGGGUUUCCAUAUGAAGACUCCAUCUCAAAAACAUAUCGAGUGAUAUGGUCUUUGUUUCCUCCCAACCUUCUUGCCAAAGCUCUUGAUUUGCUUGGCAAUGCAACAGCCACUUCUCAAGACAAAGGAAUUAGCUGGAAGAGACGUGGAGAAUGUACUACGCAAGAACCUGACUGCGUGAUAACUAUCCAAGAUAUUUAUGAAUGGCUCAUAUCCACAUUCUUUUUGUGGUUCAUUCUGGCAAUUUAUUUGAACAAUAUAAUUCCGAAUUCAAAUGGUGUGAGAAAACCAAUAUUAUAUUUUUUGAAUCCUUCAUACUGGACAGGAAAAGGUGGAAACAAGGUGGAAGAAGGUGGCCUCUGCAGCUGCACUGGUUCAAUUCCACCAUUGGAUGAUGCUGGUCCGAAUGACGAGGAUGUUCUUGCAGAGGAAACUACAGUGAAACAGCAAGCAGCUAGUGGUGAAGUUGAUUCUAGUGUUGCAGUUCAAAUACGUGGUCUUAGAAGAACAUACCCUGGCACCACAAACAUUGGUUGCUGCAGAUGCCGAAAAAAUCCACCUUAUCAUGCUGUUAAGGGAAUUUGGUUAAACCUUGCAAAAGAUCAGCUAUUUUGCCUUCUUGGUCCUAAUGGAGCAGGAAAAACUACUGUGAUUAGUUGUCUGACUGGCAUUACACCAGUUACAGGAGGAGAUGCAUUGGUUUAUGGCUAUUCUGUUCGAAGUUCUGUGGGUAUGUCAAACAUUCGAAGGUUGAUAGGGGUUUGCCCCCAGUUUGAUAUUUUGUGGGAUGAAUUAUCAGCUCAAGAGCACCUGCAUCUGUUUGCUAGCAUUAAAGGUUUGCACCCUUCUACAAUCAAAUCGGUAACUGAAAAGUCAUUAGCUGAAGUAAAACUCACCAAUGCAGCUAAAGUUAGAGCCGGGAGUUAUAGUGGAGGGAUGAAGCGCCGCCUCAGUGUUGCAAUAGCCCUUAUUGGGGAUCCAAAGUUGGUCUUCUUGGAUGAACCAACUACUGGCAUGGAUCCUAUCACUCGAAGACACGUAUGGGACAUAAUAGAGGAUGCUAAAAAGGGACGAUCUAUUGUUUUGACAACUCAUUCUAUGGAGGAAGCCGACAUUUUAAGCGAUCGCAUAGCCAUAAUGGCCAAGGGAAAAUUGCACUGUAUAGGAACCUCAAUACGGCUGAAGUCUAGAUUUGGAACUGGUUACAUCACUAAUGUAAGCUUCCUAGGAACAGGGCAAACUCCAAAUACUCACAGUAAUGCAGCUACAAGUGAACCUCAUCUCGAGCCCGUCAAGCAGUUUUUCAAAGAACAUCUGAAUGUGAAUCCGAAAGAGGAGAGUAAGACAUUUUUGACUUUUGUAAUCCCUCAUGAAAAAGAGGAGCUUCUGAUGGAUUUUUUCUCUGAGCUCCAAGAUAGGGAAAUAGAAUUUGGGAUUUCUGACAUACAACUUGGUCUCACAACACUUGAAGAGGUGUUUUUAAAUAUCGCCAAACAAGCAGAACUGGAAAGUUCGGCUGCUGAAGGGAAUCUGGUGACUCUGAACUUGUCAUCUGGAACAUCAAUUCAGAUACCAAAAGGAGCCAGGUUUGUUGGAAUUCCAGGGACAGAAUCAUCAGAAAAUCCAAGGGGUCUUAUGGUUGAAGUAUAUUGGGAACAGGAUGAUUCCGGAACCCUCUGCAUUUCUGGCCAUUCAUCUGAGGCUCCCAUACCUCCAAACAUUCAACUUACAGCAAAUCCUGCCCUUUCACGCAGAUCUUCCCAUCGCGAGCCCGCACCUAUAGUUGGAUAUAUUAUUGACCCCAAUCAAGUUUUAAAUAGCCAGUAAAUAUAUUGUAUCUGUGUGUGAGCAUGUGCUGAUGAGCUUGUACUACUGAACUUAGCAAAGCUGGUGAGUUGAUUAUCCUAAUAAGCAGGUAAUGCAUGCUAGUGUUUUGUAUAUUCUCCAUGAAUUCUGAUUUCUGCUUUAUAAACUUAUUCAUUAUAAAAUGAUAGGAUGCUAGUGUUUUGUAUA